AUGGUCUUCGACCCUCACAAUGUCGACCUCACAACCGCCGACCCAACAGAAGUAGUCUGCUACCUCGAUCUCACAACAAAUGAUUACAACGGCCAGCUCGGCGCGCGUAUCUCCGCCAUCUUCGUCAUCGGCAUCGUCUCCUCAAUCGCAACAUUCUUCCCCGUCGUUGCUCAACGGGCUCCCCGCCUCCGCAUUCCGCUCUAUGUCUACCUCUUCGCCAAGUACUUCGGUGCAGGCGUCAUCAUCGCAACAGCUUUCAUCCAUCUUCUCGAUCCCGCAUACUCGGAGAUCGGCUCCGACAGCUGCGUGGGCAUGACAGGCCACUGGGCAGACUACUCCUGGUGCCCGGCAAUUGUCCUAACCAGUCUCAUGCUCAUUUUCCUGAUGGACUUCGGCGCAGAGCGCUACGUCGAGAAGAAAUACGGGCUCUGCCGCGAUGACCCGGAACCUAUCAUGACCUCUGGCGUGCAGAUUCAAAAUGAAACAGAGCUUUCGCACUCGCACUCGCACCCACAUCGCCACUCUAUCGAGCGUCCAGGUUCGCAGGAUAAGCAGAUGAAAGAGCUCGAGUCGCAAUCCACUGAUUCAGAGACCGGUGCCAUCGAGCGCUCCUUCAGACAGCAGAUCGCCGCCUUCCUGAUCCUGGAAUUCGGUGUCAUCUUCCACUCCGUUAUCAUUGGCUUGAACCUUGGCGUCACAGGCUCGGAGUUCGCAACCCUAUACCCCGUCCUCGUCUUCCACCAGUCCUUUGAAGGUCUAGGUAUUGGUGCCAGAAUGUCUUCCAUUCCCUUCAAAAAGGGUAGUUGGUUGCCCUGGGCCCUGUGCUCAGCUUACGGUCUCACAACGCCCAUCUCCAUCGCGAUUGGUCUGGGCGUACGGACAACCUACAACUCUGGCUCGUUCACUGCGAACGUCGUCUCUGGUGUUCUCGAUUCUGUCUCGGCCGGUAUUCUCAUCUACACUGGUCUUGUUGAGUUGCUUGCUCGGGACUUUUUGUUUGAUCCUCACCGUACCCAGGAUGAUAAGCGCCUUGCUUUCAUGGUUUGCUCUUUGUUCCUUGGUGCAGGUAUUAUGGCUUUGCUCGGAAAGUGGGCAUAA